UUGGCCAUGAUUAAUCUGACCACACAGAACAGUAGAUAUUGUUCAGGUUGCUUCUGUAUGCUUAUGAUAAAUCUUUAACUUUCUUUAUCAUUGUUAGGGGGAGCAGGGGGAAUCAGGAAUGCCAGGCCCUAAAGGUUCAAAGGGGGAUAGAGGAGACAAAGGAGACUUCGGCCCAACAGGACCACAAGGUCCAUCUGGGGAGAAAGGUGACCAGGGUACAACUGAAAUCAUAGAUUACAAUGAAAACAUCCAAGAGGCUCUUCAGAAGAUAACAACUAUUACAGUUACGGGUCCCCCCGGGCCUCCUGGGCCAGUUGGACCAAAGGGAAUCAAGGGUGAUGAGGGUGUACCUGGACUGCCUGGGCUGGAUGGAGAAAGGGGUCACAAGGGGUCUAAAGGGGACAUGGGAAUCACUGGAAUAUCAGGAGACAAGGGAGCGAUGGGUCUCCCUGGCUUGCCGGGUGUGAAUGGCCUUAAAGGAGACAAAGGAGACGCCGGCCUGCCUGGCCCUCAGGGACCCUCGAUAAUCGGACCCCCUGGUGCGCCUGGGACGCACGGACCACCUGGCCCCAUGGGUCCUCAUGGAUUCCCUGGGCCAAAGGGGGAACCAGGUUUGCAUGGUCUCAAGGGAGCACGUGGGGAGCCUGGGCAUAAGGGUGACAGAGGACCCCUCGGUCUCCCUGGAGCAUCUGGCUUGGAUGGCAAGCCGGGACCCAGGGGAAUGGAUGGGCCAGUUGGCACUCCUGGUCCUGCAGGUCCAAAGGGAGAUAUAGGUGAGAAGGGGGAUGUUGGUGAUCCUGGACCCAGAGGACCAUAUGGAUUACCUGGAGCUGCUGGAACUCCUGGAAUGGAUGGGUUACCAGGAUUAAAGGGAGACAAGGGUGACGAGGGGGAAAGAGGAGAAAAGGUGAUUUUGAAAUAG